AUGGCUAUGAACAACACCCCGUCUGAAAUCUUCACCCUAGAGGAUCAUGUCGACAAGCGAACCUAUUCCGAGACAAUCAACCCGCCUCUCUCCCGCGUGGAUCUGUGGAGCUCCGGAUUGUUGGGGCGUGGCAGCCACUACCUGCAGACCCCACCAUUGGAGUUGUGUAUGGUCCUUGUUUUGAAUAGUGGCGUGUAG